UUUCUGAGGGACUCCCACUGGCAUUAUUCUUGCUUUGAACAAGCAUUUGCUUACUCCCGUCCACCGUCAUUGACCAGUGUUGGAAGAUGGCUGACUCGGUUAAGCAAGAGGGAGCCAAGCCUGAAGUGAUUAACAUCUCUAUCAAGUGUACCGAUGGCGAUGUCGCUUUUAAAAUUAAGAAGAGCACAAAGAUGGGAAAGGUAUUCUCUGCCUUCGCCCAGAAGAAGGGGGUGGCCGAGAAUCACUACCGCUUCGUCUUUGACGGGCAUCGCGUUGCCAACGAAGUCACGGCGCAAGAGGUGGGCCUGGAGGACGAUGACGUCAUCGAUGCCUUUGUGGAGCAGCAGGGAGGCAGCGGCUGCGGGCGGCUCUAGGAGGCGCAUCGGGCCCCGUGAGGGGGCUGCUGUUUUGGGAGGGGGCUGCGGCGGCAGGAGCAGCAGCGGUGGCUGCGAGCUUCAGGCGCACCCUUGUCUCAUCUGAGGAGGGGAGUGGGAGGACGUGGGAGGCAGCGGCAUCGCCCCCUUCAUGGUCAUGGGCCCCUCAGGGCUGCAGGCGCUGGGGGGUUUCAGGAGGCUCGGUGCACAGUCGGUGGCAGAUCUUGCGGGGUUUGAUGGAGACAGGAGCAGAGAAGGGAAAGAGAAUGAAGAGACCAGGAGAUGACAAGGGGAGGAGGCGCAGGCGGGGCGAUAGACGAGGCGGACCCGCAGCGGCUGUUACCUGGCUUCCGGUGUUGAAGGGACGUGUGAUGGGAGUCUCGUCGAGGGUGGAUGGGUCGGUGACAACUUGUUCAGCAGCCCGGCGCUGCCCGGCCCCCGGUACGGCCUGCCUGGUUGCGCUUACUGAGCUUUACCAGGCGUUGCCAAGGUGCGGGGAAAGAGGUAGGCCGCUGCUGCUGCUGCCGCUGCCGCCGCUUAAUGAUCGAAAGCUCGGAUGGGUGGCAGGUGGUUGGAUUUGACGUGGGUCAGUGGCAUGCGAUUCUUGUGGGAUUGCAACUAUCGGUUUGCGGAUUGUAGGUUAGGUUCGGACCGUGACGGGUGGGGUAGGAUAUCCACAGCUUUGGCUUGUCAGACUUCAGAGGCCGUUGUCACUUGGCAGCUACCAAGGAAUGCGCUACCGGCAGCAGCGGCUGCGGCGGCUUCUGCUGCUACGAAGCGUCGCGGGACUUCUCGCGGUGCGAUGCAGGCUGUGCAUGGUGCGCUUGAGAGGCUCCCAUGUCGCGCCGGGUGCCGCUGUGGCCUUGGGGCAUCACUGGGCGGGGGAGGUGCCGAGGCGCAUGUUGCCCCUGGUUGCGCCCGCCGCAUCAGGGUCUGUCGGUGUCUUGCCUUUUGAGGUCGGUAUCGUGGGUGGUGGUGGUGGUAAUGCAGAGGCCUGUCUGGUGCCAGGAGGCUUGCGUUGCAUUGGGCCUUUGCUCUGUGGCUGUGUAUGUUGAUGUUCUUGUGUUCUAUUCGAAAGUGUGCAGAACACAGUAGAGUCGAGUCAGAGAGUUGGACCCACAGGAUCAGUUUAUGUUGGCCAACACUGAGCCAUGCGUUUUUUUAUCCAGUAAACCGCGCUUGUAUGGAUGCGUGUGGGGGUUGCGCUCAUGCCCUCCAUUGCGCUCAUGCGGCUGCAUGGGAGAGGGGAGGACCUUGAGGGGGAUGUUGCGGUGCGGACGCACGGGAACUGCACCAGCCCUAGCGGUUGGCAGGAGGCGCCUGAAGGACAAAGGGACGUGCAAGGUGGGACCCGUGUGUGUCUAGGGCGUGGUUUGAGUGAGCGGACCUUUGGCAGGCCUGUGGGAG